AUGCCGGGGUCGCCGCUGCAGCGGGCCGCGGCGGCGGCCGCGGGGGCGCUGGCGGUCGCCCAGCUCCCGCCGCUGGCGGCGCGGCCGCUGUGGGCGCGGGCGCUGCUCUGCGCGCUCGCGGCGUACCUGCCGAGCUACCUGGACGGCGCGGAGUGCCGCGGGGCGCCGCUGCGCAGCGGCGCCUACUCCCUCUGGUUCCGGGCGCUCGCGCGGCGGCUGCUCCGGCGGGCCUUCGACAUCCGGGACGCGGUGCUCGAGGAUGCCGCGGCGCUGUCCAGGUGCAAGCAGUGCAUCCUCGCGGUGCACCCCCACGGCGUGCUCUCCUUGGACCACCUGCUCACGGUGGCGGGCUACGACGCAGGCCUGGAGGCGGCGCUGCCCCAGGCCCGGCGCUGCGCGCUCUCCGCCAGCGUGCUGUUCAGGCUGCCGCUGCUGCGCGAGCACCUCCUGCUGACCGGCUGCGUGGACGCGUCCAGGAAGUCGGCAGACCGCUGCCUCGAGAAGGGCCUGAGUCUGUCGGUGGUCCCCGGCGGCGAGAGGGAGCAGCUCCUCGCCACGAGAGGCCCCGUGGAGCGCCUCGUGCUCCGGCGCCGCCAGGGCUUCGUGAAGCUCGCGCUGCGCCAUGGGGUGCCCAUCGUCCCGGCGUACUGCUUCGGCGAGGCUCAGCUCUACGACCAGUCGCGCUGGUGCAUGGGGCUCCGCUCCUGGGUGCAGAGGACCUUCGGCGUGGCGCUGGUGAUGCCGUACGGGCACAGGGGCCUUCCGGGAGUUCCCCACCGCACGCCCGUCUGCACGGUGGUGGGUGCGCCGUUGGACAUGCCCAGGAUAGAGGGGACGCCGACGCAGGCGCAGGUGGACGAGCAUCACGCGCGCUAUGUCGCCGAGGUGGAGAGGAUAUUUGCUCAGCACAAGGCCGCGGCAGGCUACCCCGACGUCCAGCUGCAGCUGCUGUGAUCUGGCGCCCCGUCCGCCGUCGCCUCCGAGCGGGCCCGCGCUUCUCGCGAUGUGCGGGGCGCGAAAACAGAA